AUAUCGCAUCGCGUUAUAUAGCGCGCGAUCGAGCUAGGCGCUAACGUUAGAUUGCAUCCAAGCAAACAAGGCUUGAUAUUUCGUGCAAAUGCAAUUUCUGUAAUCUGAUCUCGACCUACAUUCUAUGAUCAUUGUUUAAAAUGACCGAUGGAAAGAAUGAACUUCAUUCAUCAAGUAGAAAAUCUUCCAGACUCGCCUCCAAACAGGCCUUUGAAAUGCCAACCCGAGAAGCGGUUCUUGGAAAGAUUGAAGUAGACAAGACACCCCAUAAGAGCUUCCAGCAUCUCAGACAUCGAAAAUUGGUUUUUAAUUUGGUGAAGGGACACAAUAGAUACAACAACACUGAUCCCAUAUCUCUCUGGGAAGACGAUGCUUUAGCAGAUUUUAUUGUGGACGAAAAUGAGGAAGAAGAUAGCGAGGAACAUAGUUCCAGCGAUGGAGACGACGGAAGCAGUAGUGAAGACAGCAGUGCUGAUGACAACAAGGACUUCAAAUCUUCCAAAUCUGAAAGAACAACAAGUAGACAGAAAACAAGUGGAAAAAUUAAAUCAAAUGGAACAAGAAAUGAUUCUACAGGACCAAAGAAGACCAAAUUACAAAUGGAUGGGAGUAGAUACCAUAGGAACCAAAGGAAAGAUGAUGAUCGUAAUCAUCAGAGUGAUGAUGAAGACACAUCAAUUCAGAGGAGCCAAAUAACGAGAAGACGGAGAGUAACUAUCAGUAGUGAUGAUGAUGAUGACGAUGAUGAUGACGACGAUGAUGAUGACGAUGAUAAUGAUGGUGGUCAUGGUGGAAGUAGUGAUGAUGAUGAUGAUGAUGAUGAUGGUGAUGGUGGUCAUGGUGAAAGUAGUGAUGAUGAUGAUGAUGGUGAUGAUGACGACGAUGAUGACGAUGAUAAUGAUGGUGAUGGUGGUCAUGGUGGAAGUAGUGAUGAUGAUGAUGAUGAUGAUGAUGAAGAAAUUGGCCAAAACUCAAGUAGUACAUGUUCACAGAGAAAAAAAAUAGGGGAAGAAGAAAGAAAUGAUGAUGCUGUUGCUAAUGGAGUGGUCCAUAAAUCAAAACGCAAACAUGUUCUUAAGAAGAAAAUGAGGUCACAGAUUGAAAGCAGUAGUGAAGAAAGCAGUGAUGAUAAAGAUGAAAAUGAUAGUGCUGUUGAUGAUGAGGAGGACAAAGAAAUAAUUAAGAAAUCAAGAAACACACUUGGGAAAAGAAUGUCAAAUAUAACAAGUAGGAAAGAUGAAUACAGUGAUAGUGAUGAUAGUGAUUUCAACAACAUAAUCCAGAAAGCUAGGAACACACCUGGGAAGAGAAGAGUGAUAAAGAUUGAAAGUAGUAGUGAAAAUGAUGAAAGUGAUAACCAAAUUACCAAGAAAUCAAAGGGUAAACCCAAAAAGAGAAGUACAAGAGCUACUUUUAAAAGUGACGUUCAAAAGGACAAAAAUGCUAAUGCAGAGGAGGAGGAUGCUGAUGAAAUCUGUAAAUCCAGAACCACUCCUAGGAAGAGAAGAGUGAUAAAGAGUGAAAGUAGUAGUGAAGAUGACAGUGGUGAUAACAUUACCAAGAAAGUGAAAAACACCCACGAGAAGAAAUUGAGAACAAAGGGCCAGAGAACCAAUAAAAACAAAGAACUUGUACAUAAAUCGGAAAGUACCAUUAUGAAGAGAAGCUUGAGAUCACCCCGCAGAAUUAAGUAUAGUAACAAUGAAAGUGGCAAUGGCAUUAUCCAAAGGGCUCGAAGUACCCCUGAAAAUGAAAACAGAAACAGAUCGAAGAUUGAAAGCAGUAGUGACGAUGAGAUUGAUAAGAAACCCAUUAAGAGAACAAGAUCACAGAUGAGAAGUGCUGAAGAAGGAAAAGCUCAAGAUGAAGAUGAUGAUGGUGAUAAAAUUAUUAAUUCAAGAACCACACCUAGGAAGAGGGGAACAAAAAUUGAAAGCAGCAGUGAUGAACUUACCAAGGAACCGAUAAAUACCCCUCACAAAAGGACAAGAUCACAAAUCAGAGGCGUUGUAAAAGAUCAUGAUAACAAAGAUGUUGAUUGUUAUGGUAAUAACGUAAUUAUCUCUAAAUCCAGAACCACACCUAGGAAAAGAAGAGUAAUUGAAAGUAGUAGCGAAGAUGACAAAAAAGUCAAAGGUACCCCUAAGAAGAGAAUGAGGACAAAGCCCAAUAGUGAAGAUAAAAAUAGCAAAGUUGAUGAACUUAAACAGAGAUCCAAAAGUACUGUAUUAAAGAGAAGCUCUAGAUCACCAUGCACAAUUAAUGAAGAUGAAAGUGAUGAAGCAAUUAUCCAAAGAGCUCGAAGUACCCCCGAAAAAAAAAAUGGACCAUUGCUCGAUAUCAGUAAUGACAAUGAAAUUAUCAACAAAUCCAUAGAUAUUUCUAAGAGAACAAGAUCACAGAACAGAAGUGCGAAAGAAGAAAAAGCGCAUGAUGACAAAGAUGAUGAUGAUGAUGAUGAUGAUGAUGACGGCUAUGAAAUUAUCCAUAAGUCCAGAACCACCCCUAGUAGGAGAGGAAUAAAGAUUGAAAGCAGUAGUGAAGGCAGCAGUGAAGAUGAACUUGCCAUAAUUACACCUCAGAAAAGGGCAAGAUCACUAGGCAGAAGCUAUGCAAACGAGGACAAAGAUCAAGAUGACAAAGAUGUUGAUGAUGAUGUUGAUGGAGUAGAUGAGAAGUCCAAAAGGAACAUAAGAACUAGACAGGUGAGAGUAAAGCUCAUGAAUAUUUGUAAAGAAAGAAAAGGCGAUGAUGCUAAAGAUGAUGGUAGUGGUGGUGAUGAUGAUGAUGAUAGAAACCUGAAGCAAUCCAAAAGCAUCCCUGGUCAGCAGAGAAAGAGAUCACAGCUUAAAACAAUUACUGUUGAUGAAACAGAGUUUGAUGAUGAUGAUGACUAUGAAAUUAUCCAUAAGUCCAGAACUACUCCUAGUAGGAGAGGAACAAAGAUUGAAAGUAGUGAAGGCAGCAGUGAAGAUGAACUUGCCAUAAAUACGCCUCAGAAAAGGACAAGAUCACCAGUCAGAAGCUAUGCAAACGACAAAGAUCAAUAUGACAAAGAUGUUGAUGAUGUUGAUGGAAUAGAUGAGAAGUCCAAAAGUAACAGAAGAACUAGACAGGUGAGAGUAAAUCUCAUGAAUAUUUGUAAAGAAAGAAAAGGCGAUGAUGCUAAAGAUAAUGGCAGUGGUGGUGAUGAUGAUGAUGAUAGAAACAUGAAGCAAUCCAAAAGCAUCCCUGGUCAGCUGAGAAUGAGAUCACAGCUUAAAACAAAUGCUGUCAAUAAAACAGAAUUUGUUGUUGAUGAUGAUGGUGAUGAUGAUGAUGAUGAUGAUGAUGAUGAUGAUGAUGAUGAUGAUGAUGAUGAUUAUGAUGAUGAUUAUGAUGAUGAUUGUGAUGAUGAUAGUGACAAUGAUAUCCAGAAAAAUAGAAACAGCCUUAGAAAAAGGACACUGAAGAUUGAAAGUAGUAGUGAAGACAAUGACAGUGAUGCACUAAAUUCCCCUGGUAGAAGGUUGCGAUCACAGCUCAAAAGGAAUGCUAAUGAAGACGAGAGUAUCGGUAGAAGGGGGAAAGGUGGUAGUCGAGUAAUCCAGAAACCUAUUGGUACUCCAGAGAAGAGAAGAACCCAAUCACAGGUAGAAACAGUCUAGCUGUUGAUUCAAACUCAUUCCAUUCAUGAUCUGGACUAAGCAUUUUAAAUAUUAUUUGUAGAUGAAGAGAGUGUGAACAAGAAUAAUACUGUUAGUAAAAUAAGUUGACCAAUCACUUGCCAGCUGCUUAAACAGUUUUGUUUUCUCUCCCCUUUCCAUCUCUGUCCAUGUUUACCAAGUGUCACUUUGCUUCAUCAAAAAUAUAAGGUCUUAUAAAAAGCUAUUAAUUUUCAGCUUGCUGCUAAUUUGAAUAUAUUUUUUUCAUGAUUUUACCAAUCCAGUUUAGCUGUGAUAUUUGUAAUAAUGACAUAUUAUUGUCUUCUAACUCUGGAAACAAGACAAAUCAUAGUGAAUGUAUGUAUAUUAAGACUGUUGUGCAUAUGGUAUCACUAUACAGUAUACUAAUUUGCUUAAUUUUGUGAUAUUUCAAAAUUCAUGUAAUAAACUAGUCUGAUGUGCAAACCCUUCACUCGAGUUAAGGGUCUGAAUGUGCAGCCUACUCAUGCCUUGUGUACUGAAGGCCCUCUGAAAGCGGCAAGUUUUUAAUGUACUAGUCUUUGCGUGGAGAUACUCGUUGAUCAAAGUUUCAAUCAGGGUCUGUGCCUGCAGACCAGUAAUAACCCUCAGCUGAAUGUGUUUGGGUGCAGGCUUGAAGUGUAGAAAUUGCACUUAGAGGGGGCUUUAAAGGACAAGUCCAUUCCAACAAAUGAGAAAGCGAUGACAGUUUGCUUAAUUUCACAAAACAGUUAUAUAUGCACAUCCUGGUCGGUAUGCAAAUGAGGAGACUUAUGACGUCAUCCACCCACUAAUUUCUUUUGUAUUUUAUUAUAUGAAAUAUUAGAAUUUUCUCAUUGUCAAGUGAAACAACAAUUAAUUCCUCCUUGAACAUGUGGAAUUACCAUUGUUUGAUAUGAUAUGGUUCAGUCAAGUUGGUCUUUAUUGUCAAAUCUGUAAAAAUGAAGUAUUAUAUAAUUCAAACAAUAAAAAACAAAAGAAAUAGUGAGUGAAGGACAUCAUCGUCUGUCCCAUUUGCAUGUCACUGAGUUGUGCAUAUCACUGUUUUGUGAAAACUAAGCGAAACUUUAAAAUUUCAUAACUUUCUUAUUUUACAUCCGAUUGUGAUGAAAUUUUCAGCGUUAUGCUAGUUUGAUUUUUCCUUAUUUAUUCAAAUCAACAUAUUUCUGGGUGGACUUGACCUUUAAUGAGUGGGAUGUUCUUAUGGUCUUCUAGUUUCAUUUAUUCAUGCAAAGUUUCAUCCUAUUGUUCUUUAUGAAACAUACAGUCUUUUGUUUUGUUAAAUUAUGAUUUGAAAGCAAUUUGAUUAACCUGUAGCAGUUAUGUAUUUUAUAAUGAAAUACACAAUUAGUGUUAAUUCCUAUUUGGCAUAUCAGUUUGUAGGUCUAUUGAAGAUGACCUAAUUUUUUAUUUGAUUAUAGGAAUGAAGAGAAAUAUCUAUUUCAUGAAUUAUGAAUGUGUUUCAAAUGAGUUUUUAUUCAUUAUGCAAUAUGAGGGACAUGUAGUGAAAAAUUUAUUAUCAACUGCUGGAUCAUUUAUCAAUCGAUCAAUCAGACAAUAAUAUGAAGAUGAAUCAAUUGUUUAACGCUAAAUUAAUCGAUUGUGUGAUUACUGAUUAGCUGAUUACUUGGUUGAGUGAAUAAGUUUAUAAUUGAUUUACUGAGCCAUUAUAUGGGUGGUUGAUUGAACAUACACCCAAGUACUAAGAUUUUCUCAUCGAUGAAGUUGACCACCAGUUCAAUACAUAUGUUGAUAUGUCAGACAUUGUGUGAAAAUAUUAUUUCAUUUUGAGGAUGUAUGCCAAGAUCUUUUCAUAAAGUACCUCAUAAUCACCUUUGGAUAAAACGUGAUGCCUCUGACAUAGCAACAUUAUUGUUGAUGUGAUAAUAAACAGGUAGCCAACUCUGGUCAUUUCAGAGUUAAUGAUGAACAGAUAAACUAGUAAUAAAAUCUGUGUAUAAUAUGAUCAGAAGCUAAAGCAAGUUUGAAACAAAAUAAUAUGUCAACAGACUCAUUUUGAUUUGGAAUACAGGGACCCUUUUCUUGUUACUUGGAUGGAUGAUUGGUUUUGAUUCAUCUGAGCAUUGCUGGGUUUCCCUGUCAAGCUUUCUUUCUUUUAUACAUGUACAUGCUGUAUGUAAAUAGCAUUAUUUUGCCAUAAAUUAACUGUAAAUAAUGCAUAGAUGUGUGAAUAAAAGUACAUUUAAAACAGAUACAAAGA